CGACUAUCGUCUACGACCAUUUUGGCAUUUUCCAUUUUGCUUGUCAGCAGCUUUCAGCUUCUAUAUUCUUAAACCUGUUGGAAUCUGGAAGUUAUCUGUGGUUUGUUUACUAAAUUUGCAAAAUAUUAGUGCUUAAUUCAAUUGGUUUCUAGUCUCUAAAUUCUCUGUUGGUUAGAUCCAGUUCAUUUUCACUCAUCUUAAAUUGUUCUUCUGAACAAGGUAUGGUUGGAAUGGACAAGUUGGAAGGACAAAAUUUCAGAGACACCCUUCUGGAUUGGAUGGGAGAGAAAUUCAAGAUUGAAAAAGAUAUACGUUCUUUCAAUGAGAUUCUUCAACAAAACGGUGUUGGUAUGGACGAACCUCUGGUUGAUGCUGAGGGAUAUCCCAGAAACGACAUAGACGUUUACCAGGUUCGUUUGGCAAGGAACAAGAUAAUCUGCUUGAAUAACGACUUGAAAGAUAUGAUAGAGACGAUUGAGAGAGGCAUAAGCAAGUGGCACAAGGAAGAGGCUGACAAGGCAUUGUCACCAGCUCGGGUGAAUUACACUCCGUUCCUGAGAGUUGGGUCUGUGUCGCCUGGAUCCCCAGCUGAUAUUGAUGGCUUGAGAGCUGGCGACCUGUUACUGGAGAUAGGCACAGUUAAUGGCACUAACUACUCGACGAUGGCUGAUGUUGGCAGAGUCGUCGAGCAUUCCAUUGAAAAGGCGUUGGAGGUCAGAGUGUUGAGGCAUGGCCGCAGCGUCAACCUGCUAUUGGUACCAAAGCCUUGGAGUGGACAAGGAAAUCUGGGGUGUGUCUUUCUACCCCUCGAAGCCAUUGAACGUUGAAAUUUCCUCCAGUUGACCCGUAAAUACUUGAUUUUUUAUUAUUUAUGAUCCAAAAAUUUGAUGAUAACCGCCCGUAAAUAAGUGGGCUUUCUGUUACAAAAAUUAGAUGAUAACCGCCCGUAAAUCAGUGGGUCUUUAUGUUAUUGAAAAAAAUUAAAAAUAUAAUAUCAAAAUCUAAUGAUAACCCCGUAAAUAAGUGUGGUUCUUUCAGUUUCAAAAAUUUGAUGAUCCCUCUUCAAACUUUUCCCUCUAUACACUUUUUUGAGCAUUCAUUGCCUGAACUAGUUAUUAUGUGUCUACGUUCAAGAUAAAAUGAUUGUUAGGGCCGGUUUCCGAGCUCGGGAUUUAGGUAAGUUCUAGACUUUAAACAGCUGGAGUCAGAAAAUUGGCUUUCCAAAACGGGGCGUAGUCGCAGUUUUUAUGAUAAUCUUUAUUUUCUUAUUUCAAUAAUAAUUGGAAACGUUUUUCCUUGACGAAAUGAAACAUUCCUAAAUAAUUCAAAAAGCUGAAACUUUACACUACUAUUUUCUCAUUAUUUCAUUUUGUGUUCAAUUUUCUAGUUUUUCAAAUUUUAAUUUAAACGUGACUUUGACUAUUUGCUAUGCUAAGACUAGUAUGAGAAUUUUCUGACUCCAGCUGUUUAAAGUCUUGAACUUGGCUAAAUCCUGAGCUCGGGAACCGGCUCUUAAGGUGCGUAUAUGAACACGGGUAUUUCACUUUUAAUCAGCUGAUGCUAACCUUUUUGUAUCUGUAUCUUACUGUUUCUAUACAAAUAAUACAUACAUAACUAGUAGUUCUGCGAACAGUAGACCUCGCUCAUGAAUACAACUUUCAAUCUAAUGAGAAGGGCCAGUACAGUAAGUACAGUAUAUUGUGAAGAUUUAGCCAUGUCAUCUAUUAUUUCCCCCAUUUCCCCAAGUGCCAGAGACACUGUUUCCCGGCGGACUUACCAAGGAGGUACCUUUAUAUCGUCUCCAUAUUUACAAUAUUAGCAUAUAUUACAACUUUUCUAAUGAUUAAUUAUAAGAAAUCGGUCAACUGACGGAAAAAUGGAAUAUGCAGUAGGCAAUUUAGAUGAUGAAUCGUCUCACAGACGAUGGUGAGACGGAAAAUAAUUCUAAAUAAGAUGGGUUUGUUGGUGACAAUGACAGGAGGUUGCUAAUGAUGUUUUUCAUGAAAAGUGGAUUCAAUGUUAUGGCUUGUUAUACCUAUGCAGAAUGUUAAUGCUCACAAAUCUGUUUCCGAUCUCAUACCUUUUCUCAAACCGAUCUCAAAAUUUUUCUCAUGAUGAAAAGUUGAAUGCGCGUGUUCAUUGCGCAUCAGUUUGUAAGCACCUUCACGUUUCUACCAGAACCUCCUAUAUAUAGUAAGUCCUACUUCUACUCUUAAGCAGGCGCCACACUCUUGCAAAGUAUACAUGUAUUAAUUAUUACAGCAACUUACAAGUUUGUUUAAUGUAAUCUUGGAAACUAUCAAUAAAUAACAUAACUAAUGAAUUUAUUAUGACAAGAAUAAGUGUUCAAAAUAAGUGUUUGUGACAAAUUAAAAUAAUUUUUCCUCCA